UUGGAAGCCUAUUAAUGGUGUGUCGGUCAGUUAGUGCGUACCUUGAACAGAACGAUACGAUUUAUAGCUUUAAUAUUUCAUUUUAAAUAAAUUAUUUCAUUAUUUGGAUCGGUAGUAAAAUAACGUGGAAUAAAAUGACGAUAAAGAGGUUCAUAUCAAAUACAAUACCCAGAGGAAUAGGUUUUGUUCUCUUUGUUCUUAUGUUGUUUUGCUUUUGUGUAGUGGUUUUUGAUACUCGUAAUAGAAUUAUUGAGUACCAGUCACAGCCAAUUAUAUCAGAUGAAAAUCGUUUGAUAAAGAUUCAGAAUAUCGUUAAUCAGCGACGACGUGACAUCGAACAUGAAAUGGAGAAUUACGAGUUUCCUAAUGGAAAAUUUAGUCGCAAUAUAAGCAAUCUUGAUGAUUUGUUGAUGGAAAGAGGUGGAAGGCCAAUGAGAAAUAUUCUUGUUGCUGGCGUACGAACCGGAAGUUCUUUUACUAGUGCCAUUAUUAAUUCACAUCCCGCAACAUUUUUUCACGCCGAAAUAUUGCAGGACUUUGGUGAUAUACGCAUACGAGGUCAUCGCUUAGUUGACGUUGCCAUUAAAAAUAUAAAUGCCUUUUUAAACUGUGAAUUCGAUAAAUUACGAAACUAUCUCGAGUAUUCGAAAAAUGAACCUUUGGCUUUUAGUAUGAAUGAAGUUUUAUGGCAACACUGUAAGGAUCAAAGAGAUUUAUGCUUGGAUCCAGUGUUUCUGACAAAGUUUUGUCGGGUGCACCCAAUUCAUAUGAUGAAAAUCAAUCGGUUGCCAUUGAAAUAUGCUCAGUUGUUACUGGAUGAUGAAAAUCUGGGAGUCCGCAUGAUUUUAUUAAUAAGAGAUCCAAGAGCAACCAUGCAAUCGCGUAAGCGACUUGAAUGGUGUCAACUAUCUCCUGAUAGCUCAGAUCCAGAAAUUCUGUGUAACGAUAUGGUAUCAGAUUAUAAUGUCGCCGUCAAGCUUACAAAAAAAUAUCCACAUACUUUCAAAGUCGUACGGUAUGAAGAUCUAUCUCUCGAUCCUCAGCAUAAAGCGAAAGAAAUGUUUGAAUUUUAUGGUCUGAACUUUCAUUCAAAUGUGGAAAAGUUUUUGGAAACACAUACUAAAAAUAAUUCAGGCGAUAGUUACAGUUCAUUCCGUGAUUCAAAAAAGGCGCCUGUUCACUGGCGUAAUGAAAUGAAUUUUACAGAAGUUGAAGAAAUUCAACGUGUCUGUUCAACUGCAAUGAAACUGUGGGGUUACGUUCUAGCUGUCAACGAAACUCACCAAAAGGAAUUUAAUCCAAUUGUUGAUAAUUAUCGACCAUUUUAAGACAUAAUGUGACUUCAGUUCUACAUACCGCGAGAACAGAUGUCAAAAAGGCAUAUCACAUUCAUAACUUUUAUUUUUUUGAUAGUUUUUGCUGCUCGAAGCUUUUUCAAAAAUUCUUUUAAAAUAUUUAUUUCUCUACACGUUUUUUUUUUUUUAUGAAGUAGCAAAUAAUGUGACUAUGAAAAAUGUCCUUGUGAUAUUAAUGACCUGCCAUAUAACGGGUUUUAUAUCAUUCUUUGAUACUUUUAAGAUCGAAUUUUAAUUAUUUACAAUCGAAUAUUACAAUUUAUAAAUGACUUUUAUUCAUCAUAAUCACAAUUGCAUGCUCUAAUUUACUCCUUAUUUAUUUUUCAUGGAUAUUAAAUUAAUAAGAUCAUUCUCGUUAGUUUCAAAAAUAGACAAGAAUAAUUCUUUGCCGUAACAUUUAGAUUUGAAGUUAAUCACUUCUUUUUGACACAUAUUUAUCAUUCAUUAAUUACUCUUUUACUAAUAUAGUUAAAUACUCAAUUCAUUCAACAAUGAACUUGUAAAAAUAAACUUUAACUUUCUUUCAUUUUUUUGACGGAUACAAAGACAAAUAUCAAAUCCGAUAAACAAAAAUUACAAUAGGACAGAAACUCAAUGACUCACAUGUUAAAAUAUAAUUUAAUUUAUUUGAUCAUGUUGACUAACCCACGGAAUAAUUGAAUUUUAAUUUAAAUUUGUGUGCUGUAUAUAAGUAAUUUCUUUACAAAUCUAAUAUCUCGGCGAAAUUGUUCAUAAACAUAAUUUUAAAUAAUAACAUUAGGAUUUUAUUAAUUUGUAUAAUUUUUGUUUGUACUCCAUUGUAUAUUCUUUGUACCAACAUUUCUAUAACUU